GAUGAACUCGACCUCACCCGAUCAGUUUGACAGUUCUAUGCCAACGUCAUCAACGAUUUUCAAAAUCCAGAACAACCCCUUUACAAAUAUCGAAGUGACCCACUGACGAUUGACGAACUUCUACUUCAAUUCAACAGUUAAAAGAAAACGGGAGCGACAAAAACUCAAUCAGAUUGUUUUUUGUUGAAGAAAAAUGGUGAAAGGAUUACAACAACAAAAUCUCCCAGCCGAUGUAACUCAACUCGUCGACCAAUUAGAGAGACAUUGCUUAGCUUCCGAUGGCUCCUUUGUCUCUAAAUCUGCUUAUUACGACCUUCAACUCGCAAGGGAGGAGAUGUGCAGGGAGAGAUUGCGGUAUUUGGAAGCGAUGGCAAUUUAUUGUGAAGCAAUUGCAAUGGUUGAAGAAUAUCAGCAGGCUCUAUCUGUUGCUAAUCGUGAUGUUCAGGGUUUAUACCCGCAGCUCGGUUCGAAGAAUUCUCCUCAGGUUUACGAGACACUAGAGCACCGCCUUGUUGUUGCUGAGGCGGCCCAAAAGUUGAGACUUCCACUUAUCUCCAAAGAUGGUGAGAUUCAUGAAGAGGAUAUUGAGAAGUGGAGUAUCAUGUCAAGAAGCUCUCUUGAUAGUACCAGCACAAAUUUGACAAUGAGCUCAAGCACUAAUUCAACAAAUUAUGGUACUAGUACCCCAAGUACAGUAGCAAAUGUCACCCCUUCUAAUUCGACUGAUAUGAGCGAUCCUGGGAUCGGUGGAGUUCCAAAUCGUUAUUUAGGAAUCACUUCAACUUAUUUAUGGCAGACUCAGCUACAUCAGGGUACGGCAGAAUAUCAGAUGUCACUCUUCCGUGAGAUUGAGGCUCGUUUGAGAGUAAAAUGUGAUCAAUUGGCAGAUGCUUUUGUAAUGGACGAUGUUGACGGUUCAUCUGGAUAUCAGAAUGUUAGUUCACGACUUCCAGAAAGGGUAAAGAUAAUUAUUGAAGAGAUUGAAAGGGACGAAGAAGCUUUGAAAGAGGAUCUCUACUCUGCUGAUAGAAAAUUUGCAGAAUACUAUAAUGUUUUAGAGCAAAUACUUGGUGUGCUUAUUAAGCUUGUCAAAGAUUUGAAGUUGCAAAAUCAACAUAAAUAUGAUGAACUGCAGAAAACUUGGCAAAUCAAGAGACAUGAGGCGAUGGGUGCUAAGCUGAGGGUAUUGGAUCAUAUUCUCCUUGUUGCAACCUAUACUCAAGAAACAAUACCAGCUCUCCACAAGAUCAGGAAUUACCUUGUUGAAGCAACAGAGGAGGCUUCAACCGCAUAUAACAAAGCAGUGACGCGGCUUCGUGAGUACCAAGGAGUUGAUCCGCACUUUGACACAAUAGCAAGGCAAUACCAUGACAUUGUUAAAAAACUAGAAAAUAUGCAAUGGACAAUUCACCAGGUUGAAAUGGACUUGAAGUAUUUACCAGAUCACUCGAGCACAUAGAAAGUUGUUUUGAAUGUUUUUUAUGUAAACAUAUGUAUGUAUAAUUCUUUUGUAGUGAAGUUCUCUCUUGUACGGCGUAGUUUUUAAAACUCAAGGGUGGUAAGAAAACCAGAGGUGACACACAUUGCAUAUUAGUAUAAGUUAAGAAAUCAAGUACGACCAGAAGUUAUUCUUGUUAUUUUUUAUUUUUCUUUUGACAUAGUUAUCUCUCUUGUUGA